AUGGGUCUCACGUUCUCGAAGCUGUUCGAUCGCCUCUGGGGCAAGAAGGAGAUGCGCAUUCUGAUGGUAGGAUUGGACGCUGCCGGAAAGACCACCAUUCUCUACAAGUUGAAGCUGGGUGAAAUCGUCACAACCAUUGUAAGUCAACCGACGAGGCGAGGGUACUUCCUCUGCAGAACGCACGCUCACCUUCCCUUUUUCGCGAUUAGCCAACUAUCGGAUUCAACGUCGAGACUGUCGAGUACAAGAACAUUCAAUUCACUGUGUGGGAUGUCGGUGGACAGGACAAGAUCCGGCCUCUUUGGAGACAUUACUUCCAGAACACCCAGGGUAUCAUCUUCGUUGUCGACAGCAACGAUCGUGAUCGUGUUGUCGAGGCUCGCGAGGAGUUGCAACGCAUGCUCAACGAGGAUGAACUGAGGGAUGCUCUUCUUCUCGUCUUCGCCAACAAGCAGGAUCUGCCCAACGCCAUGAACGCCGCUGAGAUCACCGACAAGCUCGGCCUGCACAGCUUGAGACAGCGUGCUUGGGUAUGUCCUGCAAACGAACGUCGAGAUCUGCAUAACGACUUGAUGCUAAUAUAGAUCGCAGUACAUCCAAUCCACCUGCGCUACCUCUGGUGACGGUCUCUACGAAGGUCUCGAGUGGCUCAGCAACUCGCUGCGCAAGGCUGGCCACAACUAG